AUGGAUUUUGUGAGUGGGCUGCCCUUAACGCCUACCAAGAAAGAUUCCAUAUGGGUUAUUGUUGACCGAUUGACUAAAUCUGCUCACUUCAUACCAGUUCAUACUGAUUACUCUUUGCAGAAGUUGGCUAAACUAUGGUCAAUCGAAAAGAGUGAUUCAAGUACUGGAAGAUAUGUUGAGGUGUUGUGUAACAGCUUUCCGAGGUGUCGUUCUCCUACUUGUCAGACUGAGCUAGGUGAGCGGCGAGUUCUAGGGCCGGGGUUAGUUUCUGAUACCGAAGAAAAGGUAAAACUGAUUCGAUACCGGUUGAAGGAAGCUUCUGAUAGACUGGAUAUGUAUUUUGUGGGGGACUUCGUAUUUCUCAAGGUUUCCCCAUGGAAAAAGAUAUUGAGGUUUGGGCGAAAGGGUAAGUUUAGCCCUAGGUUCAUUGGGUCGUACUAUAUACAGAAGCGUGUGGGACCGGUUACUUAUCAACUUGAUUUGCCUUCUAAAUUAGACCGGAAUCAUGAUGUGUUCCACGUCUCCAUGCUGAGGCGUUAUCGCUCUAAUCUCACACACAUUGUACUAGUCGAGGAGAUUGAGGUUAGGCCAAAUCUGACCUUCGAGGAGGAGCUAGUACAGAUUUUGGACCUUGAGGUCAAGGUACUGAGGAAGAAGUCUAUUUCCUUAGUCAAAGUGCUUUGGCGUAAUCCCAAUUCAGAAGAGGCUACGUGGGAGCCCGAAUAG